UUUUAUUUUCCACAGUUGCAUUUUUCUCUGGUAAAUACCUCCUCACAGAGGCCACAACACUCUGUUAUGUAUUACUAUAUGGGUAAUAUGAAACCGUAUUUUGAGCCUCCAUCCAUAGAAAUUCGAUCUAAUUCAAAUCAAAUUGUAUGUUGGAAUAAUGUCGAGUUUCAAUGUCUGAAAAGAAACAGACCAGUCAUAUUUUAUAGUCGAGUUUAAUCAAUUAUUGUCGUCAACAAUAUGGACGCAUCCGUCUCCCACGGAAUAACGAGAAGAGCAUCUGGAUUGUCGCCAGAUGUUCAAAGACAGCAAACGUUCACAUUCGGUAUGAACAAAAACCAACGCAUUCCGUCUAGAGAUCAAACACAAGUCACACAUUUUGCCAAGUUGUGGCAGGAACGAUUGCUGGCUAGGAAAACACUUUCCCAGAAGAAAUUUCAGGCCAGAGCAACAUUUAGAAAAGCGAUCAAGAAGAUUUUAUCAUCCUUAAAAGUGAUAAAUGCUUUCUUAAGUUGCUCAUCGAACACCACCAGUUCGCAUGGUCGCCACGAUGCAGUGCGAUAUCUCAUGGACGUACCGGACAUCACUGGAAAUCAUGUUCCAGAUGAAGGAAGAUCUGCUAGAAAGGAUGCAAACUCUCCAACACCCUUAUUUGAUCCGGCUUGGUUUAAAGCAAACCGCGAGAUCCGUCUCAGCAGUGAAACCAAAGCAAUUUUAAGUCAACAACCACAUACAAGAACGCCAGAACAAAUUCAAACGGUGUUUCGAUCUCUGCAAACGCUUCCUUCAUUUGCGGAAUAUCCCUUGUACCACCAGAAGGCAAUCUGUCACGAAGCCUCAUUUCAAAGUUUUCCGCCAAACGUAACGAUUCUUCAGCAAGGCCACCGAGCAGACAACUUUUAUUUUGUGUUAUUUGGAUCAGCUACUGCGAUAUCGAAAGAUGAUGAAAAUGACGCAGAAAACAGUAACGAGUCGGUUUCUGUGGUCAAGAGAGGGAUGGCAUUUGGUGAGGCAGCCAUCAUGACUAAUUCUCUGAGAAAAGUUACCGUUACUUCCAAGACGUACAUUGAACUGCUCGUUGUCAGUAAAGAGGAUUAUGCUAAAAUCUUUUUGGGGGCAGAUUCUGACAGUGGGAAAAAAGAAUACAUAUCUUUUCUAAGGACAGUUGACUUUCUUCGUGACUGGCCAGUUGAUAUCCUGGAAUCGUAUCCAGAACAUUCUCAACAUUGCUAUUUCAGGAGAGGAACGGUUAUUGUUCGCAAUAGUAAUAGUUCUCCAUGGCUGUAUGUUGUAAAAUCGGGAGUAUGCGAAGUUCUUAUUAGAUUAAAUGCUGUAAAACCAAGGAAAGCAAUUGGAAGGAAUGUGCGGGAAUUAUCAAGUUUGGAAGCACUUACAAAAACCACGAUGGAGCGACGGCAAGAAAUACGAAAUAGGAGAAUUCAAGAUGGAGAAAAACAUUUUACAAAUUUACCAAACGUUAAUGGAAAAGAAAAAAGUUCACCCAUACCAAGCUUCAGGAGGAAAACUCUUUGCUUUGUUCCUGGGUUAGGUCUGGUGAACAGUCAAACAAUAUCCCAACGAAAGUCCGCACGAUCAGAGGUAGCCCCAAUAGCAGAAGAUGACGUCUUUCCAGACUUCGUGAACAACGACGUAAAAACAACAAACUCUAGUAAGAGCAGCAAUACCACCAUUAGUAGUCUUUCAAACAGACGUGUUUCUUGUCAACUUCCAAGAAUCAGCCAGUCGAACAGCGUUGUGAUGACACGAAGGAAGUCAAAAACAAUGCCGGAUUUCAAUCAGGCAAAUGAUGUAUCAAGCAUUUCACUAGGAAGAACCAGAUCCUUUUCUUUGCCAUCAACAUCAAUAUUUAGUGAAAAAUUUUCAAGACUUUCGAAAACGAAGCCGGCUUUCGUUCAAAUCGACUUAUUGCAUCCAAAAAGAGUAUUUGGUUUGUCUGAACUCGAUUUUAAAUACAACGCUUUGGAUCCUGGGCGACCGGCAAACGUCAGUUUGGUGAGCCGAGGAGCGGAGUGUAUUAUGAUCUCUAAGAAAUUCUUCAUAGAACAUGCCAAUGCGCUCACAAAGCGUUGGAUCCGCCUUAACGUGCAACCUUAUCUACCCACAGAGAAACAUCAACAAACGCUUCAAGAAAAGACUGACUGGGAUGCGUUCAAAAAGAAACUUGUAACAAGUAUAGUGAACGAAAAUACAAAGACAAGUUUAUCACACUCUAAAAGAGGUUGAUUCCUCGUUCACCAAUCUUAAUAGAGAAAAUGAAGAACAUGGAAUAUCACUUGUUGUACAGUAUACUGUGAAUUUGGGGUGUUCAUUGUUCAUGUGAGGUUGCUUGUUCUACUUUGAUGCAUGUGUGCGCAUCUUGGCAUCGGCUCGGCGCUGUGAAAGGAGAUCCUGGUAGUUCUUUUGUCUGAAGACAAGGUAUAUUUCUACAUUAAAUUUGUAUACAAUCAUAACCAUAAAUUUGGUCGAGUUCUAAUGCAAAUGCUGCAUUCAUCAGUUUUAAUUGGUAACGCUAUUCGAUAUGAUGCAACAUCCUGGCUUCGCCCUAUUCAUUCAAUUCAUUACGAGCAUGUCUAUUUCUAACGAAUAAGAGCAAAACUGACCUCUGUUUGGUCGCCAUGUGCAAAUAUAUCAAGAUCUUGUUUUAAACUGCAAGCUUCAAUCACCUUUUGAUAUCUACAUGUAAGAUAAAAAUAUCAGUUUAUGUGCCUUGGGAUUUCACUUAGUUGAACUGGUAGCAUCUUAUUGCCAAGAAUAUGAGGUGCAGACCAUCUAUAUCGAUAACUCAAAGAACCUCAUUAUCAUGUACUCUAUAAUGGUGUUAAAACUCGCGCACAUACCAUAUUUAUUAGGCAGAAAUAAAACGUUUGGAAUCACUAUAGCAAACAAAUGUAAACCUACCGUAAGGGUUUGAAUGCCACACCAAAUACGAUAUUCUCUUUGACAGUAGCAUUCAUUAACCAUGCCUUGAUGAUGAAGUAAAUAGAAAUUAGACGACUGUCGGGGCGGACUCAGG